GGACUUCAUUUCGCUGAACUGUCUGUUCUUCUGGAAUUGUUACCAUAAUGAUUGUUAUAAUCAGCAAGAAGAAAGUGGCUGAGGAACGCAUUAGGGAUCGUCAUCAUGGUCAUCUGUUCGUCUAUUCAUUUGAUUUGCCUAGUGUUUGUUAGUACUGAGCUGUGAGAGUGUGGGGAGUUCUCGGACACAACUCGGGGUUUUACCGGGGGGCCCAGUCACUCAUUUCCCCAUCUCUGUCGAAAGUACUUUAGAAGUAACGUUUUUGAUUGAAAGAAGUGUGCCUGAAAAUUUUCCGAGUCCUUUGAACUACAGUAGUAAGUCUUUACCUCGGUACUACCUGUGUUUGGUGACUUAGUGAAGAAUGUUGCUGAGCUGGUGGAGCUCCAAGAAGUGACUCUUGCUUUCAAACUCUCCGCUUCUCCUCUCCUGGUCGACGACCUGUAACGUCACUUUACGUCAGACGAUAUGGCGUCUCCUCACGCAGAGUCCUUCUACUGCAUCAGCGAGGAGAAUCUCAGCCUUGACGAUCGGAAGAUAUACACGGGAACUUGCAUCGGCUGUGCAGCUAUUGGGCUGGCUGGGAGCCUGACCCAGGUUAUUUCCCUGCGAAAUCUAUGGAAAUCCACCCCAGUGCCGUCCAACAGAAAUCCAAUCGCUCCCAAUGCUGGUGUUGUAUUUUUUCUGGCAUUGGCUGAUAUGCUGGCAUGCUUUGCUGUCAUAACACGCUCUGUGACGCUAGCGGUAAUAUCACCCCCGACUAGUACGAAAGAAGGUCUCGCUCCAGCGUCACCCGUGGUUGUGAAUAUUGGAGCUCCUAUUCAGUCGUUCUUGCAAUUCUUCUUCUUAGCAACAUACUUUUGGACGUUCUUCUUUGCCUUGGAUGUAUACUUGCAGCUGAGCAAGCGAUCUGUCUCCAACAUGAGCUACCAUCUGUUCACCUGGGUUGCGGCUGCUAUUCUCACGGGCUUCAGUGAAUUCAUAGUCUUUUACGAUGUUGGAUUCCCGUGUGCUGAUCGGACUCGGGUGACACUUGCACACAUGGCUACUUACAUACCGAUUGUGUUUGUGAUGGUUGCCAAUCCCGUCAUCUACGUCAUGUCCUACAUGAAAUAUAAAAAGCUGCUCCGUGGUCAAGGCUAUUUCGGGCACUCGCAGUACAGGAGGAUGAGACAAGUGACGCACAACUUCUCCAAAUAUGUCAUCUUCUUCUGGAUAUGCUGGAUUCCUAGUAUUGCUACUGGUAUCUACUUACAAGUCAAAGGUGUUGAUGUCAAGUUUCCUUUCAGCCUAUGGAUGUUAACGGCUAUUUUGAACCCGCUGCAAGGGUUUUUCAACUGCUUCAUCUAUGGCAUUGGCUCGGACAUGGUCACUAAGAUGGAGAUUGCUGAGCGACAGGUAAAGAACAGCAUGAGGAAUGUGCGUCGCUCAUCCUCUAGCACUGGAGCUUCGCGGACACAAGCACGCUCUUACUCUUCACCGGGACCGUUGACUGCUGGCACGUUCAGUAAAUCGAACAGCUCGUCUUCUAGUAGCCGCAACAGCAUCUCAACAAUGCCCCGUCCCCAGUCACAAGGCUCACCGGAUUUGGUUUUCCAGACACGGAUUGAUGAAAGGAGUCCCCUUCUUGAAAAUGGGAGCGCCAGCAGGCCGGGUCAUUCAGCAAGUCGGGAAAGUCUGCUUAGCACAACCGGUGAGCAAGGUCAAGAAUAUUCAACAAUCAGCUCCAGUCACUGAUUUGCUUUACUUUCGUUAUUGUGUGUGGAGAUACUGUGGGCUAUUUCGUUGUACUGGUCCACAACGGACACUGUGUUUCAGGUAGUUUGGGCACGGUGCACCCUGCCACUAACUCCGUUGUAUAGACUUAUCCGUAUUCCACUCUGGGCUGCUCCGUAGCCUGAGAAAUCCCAUCCAGUUGGGUUAAACAGACACAUAUGCAUGUGCAGUAAACGUAUGCUGGAAAUGCCCUUAGUCCCGUUGUAUGGUGUCUGAUAUAUUACUAUCGGCACGGUGCAUUGAUCUCAUUCUAACUUUAUUCUUGUGUUUAUCCAGCCUCGGCUUAAAUCGCUUUUAUUCCUAUUUAAAAGCAGCUUACUGGUAUAAUAUGUUUUGAGUGCUAUUCUAUGAUUAUGUGCUGCCGGUCAACGUGGCAUGUUUUGCACCUGUGCUGAGCACUGUGUAGCAUGUUGUUUUGUUUGUCUUACUGCUGUUCAUGCUGGCCAUGCAGUCACCUAGUACGCCAUUCUGUACCCACCUAAAUUCCCAACACUGCCGCUGCCUUGCCAUUGUAAUCACAAUCUGAGAUGUGAUAACGUUACCAUGAUCUUAGUGUUCGUGCUUGCUAUGUUUAAUACUAUUCCACCCCGAUUCCACAACUGAGUGUUGAUUCUGUUUUACAGGGGCACUUCAACGGAUCUUCCGGGUCCCAUAUCACCAUUACUGCUCUGAUAAUACAGUAAAACUGUUAGUAAUUAUUAUUAUUGAAUUGAUACAGUCCUCAAGCCAGGCCGUGGUAUUUUACUAUCACUCUUUAGCGUUUGUCCAACUUCCCAUUAGGUUUUUUCUAGCUUUGUAGCCAUAAUGCUGAGCAAGGUUUCGUACUAUCGGUGAAUGCCACUGAUUCGAAGUUACUACCAAGUGCUGAAGAGAGUGCGUGUGUUUCAAAUCUUUAUUCUCACGAUAGACGUGUUGUUGUUGUUGUUGAAUGUUGUUGUUGCCUUUGU